GCUGGAGGGACCCAAAGUUAAAGUACAUAAACCCACAUCUCUCUUCCAAGGGGGGCAUCUCUGUCUCUGUCUCUGUCUCUCUCUCUCUCUCUCUCUCUCUCACAUUCCACUUAUGUCUGUUUCAUCUGAGCACUCUGAUGUGGCUUCAAGGACUCUGAGAAUAGGCAUAGUAGGCUUCGGACCGUUCGGGCAGUUUCUGGGAAAGACCAUGAUCAGACAAGGCCACCUUCUACGGGCAACUUCUCGUACUGAUUACUCUCAGCUCUGUGCCCAUAUGGGUAUCUCCUUCUUCAGGGACAUAGGUGCGUUUUUUGAAGCAGAAAACGACGUAGUCCUGAUUUGCACCUCGAUCCUCUCUCUAACAGAGGUUGUCCGGUCAAUGCCUCUAGAUCGUAUGAAACGGCCAACACUUUUCGCCGAUGUACUCUCGGUCAAAGAGCACCCAAGAAACGUUCUAUUGCGAGUAGUGCCAGAGGAGUCGGACGUGCUUUGCACUCACCCAAUGUUUGGUCCGCAGAGCGGGAAAGAUGGUUGGAAAGGCCUAAACUUCAUGUACGACAGAGUUCGAAUCAGAGAUGAAGGUAUCUGCUCAAGCUUUCUCCAUAUUUUUCAAAGCGAGGGUUGCAGAAUGCUGGAGAUGUCUUGCCAAGAACAUGAUAAAGUGGCCGCUAGGAGCCAGUUUAUAACUCACACCAUUGGCAGGAUUCUGUCAGAAAUGGAGAUCCAGUCUACAAGCAUAGACACAAAGGGCUUCGAGGCACUUGUUCAACUGAAAGAAAGCACCGUGAGAGAUAGUUUUGAUCUGUUUAGCGGGUUAUUCGUACAUAAUCGGUUUGCCCAACAAGAGCUUCAAAACCUUGAACUCGCUCUCAAUAAAGUCAAACAGAAGCUGCUAGAGAAGAUGGGGGAGGAGGAACAGGAUUGAAUGAUUCUAAACGCUCAUGAGAACUACUCUCGUCGCAGAUUUGUGACGUAUUAACGAUGUUUUAACGUUUCAAAUA